AUGGGGCUUUCCAAGGAGAAGCGUAUCAUGAUCCUGCUGGUCAUUGAUACGGCAUUCUUCCUGCUGGAGUUGAUUACUGGUUAUACCGUCCACUCGCUCGCCCUUGUUGCCGAUUCCUUUCACAUGCUGAAUGAUGUGUUAUCACUCUGUGUCGGAUUAUGGGCCGUCAAAGUCGCAAAUCGGGAGACGACCUCCAAUACUUACACUUACGGCUGGCAACGAGCCGAGACUCUUGGUGCCUUAGUGAACGGUGUUUUCCUAGUCGCAUUGUGCAUGUCAAUUUUCCUGGAAGCAAUCCAGCGCUUAGUGGAACCCCAGGAGGUGCAGAACCCGAGAUUCGUGUGCAUCGUUGGUUGCUUCGGACUUGCCUCUAACAUCAUCGGAUUGGCCCUCUUCCACGACCAUUCGCACGGUGGCCACGGCCAUGGUCACAGCCACGACGAGGAAAAUCACCACAAUGAUCACGACCAUGAUCAUAUCGAGGAUGAAGAGCAUGGCUACAGCGACCACCAGGAGGCCGCCCCGCAGAGCAUCGACGCCCCUAAGACUGCUACUCCCAACGCGCUCACUCACUCUGUCACUGAGCCUGCAUCGCCCCAAUCGCGCCGCCGCGGCACCCCAACCCGAAGCUCGCGGAGAUUCAGCACCUCUACCGGACGCGUUUUCGUGAGCGCCGAGGAUAUUCCCGUGCUCCCAGAAAGAUUGCGCCAAGGUAUUAUUGCAGCCAGUCAGUACCAAAACGAGCAAAAUUCGGAUUCGGAUACUGGCCAUGACGAAGAUGAGAUCCCAUCUGAGCGCUCUGGUCUUCUGCGUCACCGUGACCGUGCCGCCAACUACACCGACGAAGAGGGCGCCGCUAUCAAGCCCUCGGAUCACCACCACCACGAUGAGGAUGUCCACAAGUCUCACAACCACAUGAAGCCCAAGUCCAAGGAUGGAAAGAAGAGUGGUCACAGUCAUGAUCUGAACAUGCGCGGUGUGUUCCUCCACGUUAUGGGAGACGCACUGGGCAACAUCGGUGUGAUUGUCUCUGCGCUUAUCAUCUGGUUGACUGACUACGAAUGGCGCUACUAUGUUGACCCCGGCAUUUCCCUGGUCAUCACGCUGAUCAUUCUUGCCUCCGCCAUCCCGCUGUGCAAGGCUGCCUCCCGUAUCCUUCUUCAAGCUGUUCCCCCUGGAAUGAGCAUCGACCACAUCAAGGAGGAUAUCGAAAGACUCCCCGGUGUUAUUGGCUCCCACCACUUGCAUGUGUGGCAGCUCAGCGACACGAAGAUCGUGGCCUCAAUCCACCUCCAGGUUGAUACCGAGAUUAAGGGCGAAGGUUCGGAGCGAUACAUGCGUCUGGCCAGGCAGGUGCGACGCUGUCUCCAUGCCUACGGCAUUCACUCUUCAACCAUUCAGCCCGAGUUCGCACCUGAGAGCGACACAGAGGACAACCACACCCACGCAUCUUCCUCCCGAGGAACCGUUGAGCACCAGCCCAGCCGCGCAGCCAGCGUCCGGGAAGGUGACAAUCAAGCCUGUCUUCUGGAGUGCGAUGAGAACUGCGCACGUGGAGGACAGUGCUGCCCUAAGCCCACUUGA